UCAUGACCUCAAUGGUAGUUACGGCCUUGACCCUGGACAAUCAUUCUCACCUCCUGCACGACAAGCUGUGGCUGAUGGGCAGCUCAUUCAGCCAGUGGAUCAUCCCACCCAGGUGCAGGACUGAACAAUUCAGACGCUCCUUUGUGCCUGCCGCCAUCAGACUGUACUACAGCGGUUUGGCUGAAGCUACAUCCAUCUCUGAAUUGACUCAUUUUGCAUCUGGUCAAUAUGACACUUUAUUUUAUUCAACACUUUGUCUGCCAUUUUUAGUCACUUUAUUCAUCUUUAUGUAGCAAUUUUAUCUUAUUUUAUCUUUUUAUUUUUUUAUUUCUCUUUCAUCUUUAUUCUAUUUGAUGUUUUUUUUUUGUCUUGUGCUGCUGCGACAUUUGAAUUUCCCCUCUGGGGGAUCAAUAAAGUAUAUCUUAUCUUAUCUUAAAACACUCCACUACAGGUAAAAGUCCUGCAUUCAAAAACCUAAAUGAAUCCUGAAAUUAAGUAUUUCUACAGUUUGCUGUUGUUACAUUUAUGUAGUUAAUUAUUUAUUCACUGAAGUGGCCUAAAUAUAUUUUUUUCUAUCAAUUGAUGAACUAGGAAAACACGUGGAACGAUAAAGUAACUGUUGCAUCUACUCGGGCAUUUUGGUUGAUGAACCCGGAAGUGUGUGCGUCAUUGUUUUCAUUCCCCCGCUGUCCAAGAUGAAGGAAGCAAACAUGGCUCUCCCUGUGAGCAUGGAGGCUUUGCUUCAGGCGGACCUCCAGGAGGACGCUGCAUACCGGGACGACGGCCUGUGUGUGGUCGGUAUCUUCGGUAAGAGCAACAUGCAGCCGGGCCCGCUGAAGGAGUCCAUCAUCAACAGUCUGGCGGACAAACACAUCUUCUCUCUGUUCGGCGGACCGGAGGACGGCGGCACCGCGGACAGCCACAUCCAGGCUUUCUACAACCAGGAGAGCCGGGUGCUGUACCUGCUGCUGUCCUCCGUCUGCGACAGCCGGCAGCUGCUGCGGGCCUGCGAGUCUCUGAGCGCCGGUACCGGACACUCCGACGCCCACGAAGUGUGGAAGGGCCUGGACAGACAGCACUGCCUCCACCUGCUCUACAUGUUCUCCGUGUGUCACGUCCUCCUGCUCGUCCACCCCAACCAGACCUUCGAUGUGACCUACGACCGGCUGUUCAGAGCUUUGGACGCGCUGCGGCAGAAGGUGCUGCCCCUGAUCCGGGCCGCCAUCAAAGACAGUCCGGUGUCCAAAGAGUGGAAGGUGAACUGUCGGCCCUGUCCGCCCCGGCUGCUCUUCGUCUUCCAGAUGAACGGCUGCCUGAAGAUCUCUGCAAAUGGCUCCGAGUCUGGAGGAAACCCUGACAAACCCAAAAAGCACUCCCCCAGGCGGAGGCUGCAGCACGCUCUGGAAGACCAGAUUUAUCGAAUCUUCCGUAAGAGCAGAGUCCUGACCAACCAGAGCAGCAACUGCUUGUUCACCGUUCCCGCCAACCAAGCAUUUGUGUACGUGAUACCAGCAGUGGACGAUGACCCUGUGGGGGCCUUGCUCGGUCAGCUGCGGUCCAACUGCAUCUUGUGUGAGCAGGACUCCACCGUGGUGGUGUCAGGACCGAGGCGUUAUCAACAGAUGCGGCGCUCAGCUCGGCAGUCUGGCGGAGACUCAACCGGUGUGUCGAUGGGUGGUCAGCUGGUGGACUGCAGCUUGAAAGAGUUUCUCUGGCAGCACGUCGAGCUGGUGCUGACCAAGAAAGGCUUUGAUGACAGCGUUGGCCGCAACCCACAGCCUUCACACUUUGAGCUGCCGACCUACUCCAAAUGGGUCCAGGUUGCCUCCAGACUCCACCAAGUCCUAAUUAGCAACACAGAAGAAGAAACAGCCGAGCUGGCCACCAAAGUGCAAGGUCAGCUGAAGGUUUUGGAGGGUUUUCUCGAUGCUGACACAAAGUUCUCUGAGAACAGGUGCCAGAAAGCUUUGCCACUGGCUCACAGUGCUUACCAGUCCAACCUUCCCCAUAACUACACCACCACGGUGCACAAAAACCAGCUGGCACAGGCUCUGCGGGUGUACAGCCAGCACGCCAGAGGCGUGGCUUUCCAGCGCUACGCUCUGCAGCUUCAUGAGGACUGCUACAAGUUCUGGAGCAAUGGCCACCAGCUGUGUGAGGAGCGAAGCCUGACUGACCAACACUGUGUUCACAAGUUCCACCUGCUGCCUCAGCCAGGAGAGAAGCCCGACAUGGACCGCAACCCACCCAUCCUAAACCACAACAGCAGGGGGCGCUCCACCAGCUCCUGUAACUGUGGCAGGAAACAGGCUCCUCGUGAGGAUCCGUUUGACAUCCAGGCUGCCAACUAUGACUUCUACCAGAUGCUGGAGGAGAAAUGCUGUGGGAAGCUGGAGAGGAUUGAGUUUCCAGUGUUCCAGCCCAGCACUCCUGACCCCGCUCCAGCCUGCAACCAAGCUCAGCGACUCCCAAGUGACGCCUCAGGGUCUGUUGACGCAGAGAGGCUGAAGGAGCCGAGCACUGCUCAGAGCCACACACCUGGAGACACCAGCCUCAGCCUGGCUCUCAGUCUGGGCCAGUCCACGGACAGCCUGGGGCCCUACGGGGACGGAGACGGCACCGAAACCCAGGUUCAGCAAAAGAGGCCGAGCCUUGUUGACCGGCAGCCCUCCACUGUGGAGUACCUCCCAGGUAUGAUGCACUCUGGCUGCCCCAAGGGCCUGCUACCUAAGUUCUCCAGCUGGUCACUGGUCAAACUGGGCCCAGCCAAGUCAUACAACUGCCACACUGGUCUGGAGCAGCCAGGCUUCCUCCCGGGCUCCUCCUUCCUCUUGCCGUGGGACUUGGUGAUUCGCUCCCGAUCGGAGGAGGACACAGGACUGACGGAGCCCUUGGAUGGAGGCACCUCCUCGUGGCCAGCUCCCAACAAGACCCUGGUGGGAAAGCGAGGGAGUACCGGAGGGCUCGGGCGGAGUCGCAGGAGGGACGAUAUGGCUCGGAUCUUCGUGGGGUUUGAGUAUGAAGACAGCAGAGGAAGACGCUUCAUCAGCUGUGGGCCGGAUAAGAUAGUGAAGGUGCUGGGACCUGGGGGCGCCAAAGAUCCUGCCACCAGGGUGCUAAACACAGACAUGCCCCUUUACAUCCCAUCCCCAUCACAAGGACGCGGCCUGAAGCCUCACUUCGCCCAGCUGGCUCGCCUUUUUGUUGUGGUGCCUGACGCCCCGCUGGAGGUGACCCUCAACCCACAGGUGCAGCCCGGCCCUCCUCCCUGUCCAGUUUUCCAUCCAGAACAGACGGACUUACUGUUGCCGCCUGAUGGUCUUUGGGUUCUGCGGUUCCCUUAUUCCUACUCAACAGACCGCGGCCCCUGUUACCCCCCCAAAGAAAACCAACCGCUCAACAACUACAAGGUGCUGCGAGGCAUCCUGAAGGCCACUACUGCUAACCCUCCACCACAGUGAACUUCAACUCUUUACAGUGAGAGGGACUUCUUACUUAUUUACACCUCCUGAUACUGAGAACAUUUCUGUCAGUCAGCCAGUGACCCUUGGACCUUUUUGCACUUUAUCAGGUCAACAUCUGUUGAAAACUACUGGCUGGAUUUCCUUUAAAUGUGCUGUGGAUCCCCACAUGUUGUAUCCCACUGAUUCUGACGAUCUCAUGACCUUUUUUUUUUUUGUUAGAGCAUAAUUAAAAAACAUAGCUCAACAUUUUCAUGCUCCCAGAGAAAGGACACAUUCUGUAGUGUCAUCUAGACUUUAAACUUUACAUUUUUUGUUCUAACAACAAUAAAAUCAUCUGUGUGGCAUU